AAAAAAAAACUAAGUAAGCCAGCAGCGCGGCCAUGGCAUCGGUAGCGGCCUGGCUGCCGUUCGCUCGGGCCGCGGCGAUCGGCUGGGUGCCGAUCGCCACUCAUCCCCUGCCGCCGCCGCCCAUCCCCAAGGAUCGUCGCAAGGCCGACGACGAGAAGCUCCUGAUCAACGUGUCGGGCCGGCGCUUCGAGACCUGGCGCAACACCCUCGAGAAGUAUCCGGACACGCUGCUGGGCUCGAACGAGCGCGAGUUCUUCUACGACGACGAGACGCGCGAGUACUUCUUCGAUCGCGACCCCGACAUAUUCCGCCACAUACUCAAUUAUUAUCGCACGGGCAAGCUGCACUAUCCGAAGCACGAGUGCCUGACCUCGUACGACGAGGAGCUGGCGUUCUUCGGCAUACUGCCGGACGUGAUCGGCGACUGCUGCUACGAGGACUAUCGGGAUCGCAAGCGCGAGAACGCCGAGCGCCUCAUGGACGACAAGCUGUCGGAGAACGGCGAGCAGAAUCUCCAGCAGCUCACGGACAUGCGCGAGAAGAUGUGGCGCGCCUUCCAGAAUCCGCACAUAUCCACGGCCGCGCUCGUCUUCUACUACGUCACGGGCUUCUUCAUCGCCGUCUCGGUGCUGGCCAACGUCGUGGAGACGGUGCCGUGCGGCAAUCGGCCGGGCCGCGCCGGCACUCUGAGCUGCGGCGAGCGCUACAAGAUCGUCUUCUUCUGCCUGGACACGGCGUGCGUGAUGAUCUUCACGGCCGAGUAUCUGCUGCGACUGUUCGCGGCCCCGAGCCGCUGCAAGUUCGCCAGAUCGGUCAUGUCCAUCAUCGACGUCGUGGCCAUUCUGCCCUAUUACAUCGGGCUCGGUAUCACGGACAACGACGACGUGUCGGGGGCCUUCGUCACCCUCCGGGUGUUUCGCGUGUUUCGCAUCUUCAAGUUCUCGCGCCACUCGCAGGGAUUGAGGAUCCUCGGCUACACGCUCAAGAGCUGCGCCAGCGAGCUCGGCUUUCUCGUGUUCUCGCUGGCCAUGGCGAUCAUCAUAUUCGCCACGGUGAUGUUUUACGCGGAGAAGAACGUCGACGGGACGAACUUCACCUCGAUACCGGCGGCCUUCUGGUACACCAUCGUCACCAUGACCACGCUCGGAUACGGCGACAUGGUGCCGGAGACAAUAGCCGGCAAGAUCGUCGGCGGCGUGUGCUCGUUGAGCGGAGUGCUGGUGAUCGCCCUGCCGGUACCAGUCAUCGUCAGCAAUUUCAGUCGCAUCUAUCAUCAGAAUCAGAGGGCGGACAAGAGAAAGGCGCAGAGGAAAGCCCGACUGGCCCGCAUCCGUAUCGCCAAGGCGUCGAGCGGCGCGGCCUUCGUCAGCAAGAAGAAGGCGGCCGAGGCCCGGCUGGCGGCCCAGGAGUCCGGCCUCGAGCUCGACGACAGCUUCAAGCAGGAAGACAUUUUCGAGCUGCAGCAUCAUCAUCUGCUGAGGUGCCUUGAGAAGACGACGGAUCGAGAAUUCGUCGAGAUGGAGGUGCCGUUCAACGGGGCGCCCAAGCGGCCCGGCUCGCCGUCGCCGCUCACCUCGCCGGCGCACAGCACCGCGUCGCGGGGCGUCGCCACGGGCCUGCUGCAGUCCUGCUGCGGUCGCUGCUAUCCCCAACGUUACCAGAAACGAUCAGCAAGAGUGGCGGAGGGCGGCGGCGGUGGCGGCGCUAUUAGUAGUACUAGCGGCGUCGUUGUCGUUACAGACUCGGUGCAUCCACUUCAAUCGAGAAGCCAGGAUCUAAAGAAGCGCGGCUCGCACGCCUGCGACAUGCAGGCCCUGAGACCGCUCCCGAUACCAGUCAGUAACAGCUCGAUGAUGGGCCAGGUGACGACCGCCACCACGACCAUGGCCGGCACGACGUCUCAGGACGGAGCUUCCUCGGCUGGGCAGGGUCAACAGCAGCAUCAGCAGCAGCAGUUGCAACCGGUGUCGGUCACCGUGACGGAGAGCGCUUAAAAAAACUGUUCAUUACUUACGCACCAGUGACCAAUUACUACUACUGCUACUACUACGACUACGAGAGCCAUCGCCUACGAAAAAUUUCAUAUUUAUGAGAAAGAAAAAAAUUAAAAAAAAAAAAAAAACCUUAAAAAAUAGUAACAAUUCUUCAACCACUGGUUACGACUUGGAUCUCCCCCGACUCUCGACAAAAUGUGUGGAGGUGUAUUUAACAUCCACUUAGACAAUGCUGCGAUGACAGAUACCGUAGAUACAAGUGUGUGCGCAGAAAAAAAGCACACGCACACCCAACUCUAACCCACGAGCAGAGCAAAACACGAGCGAGCGAGACGCACACUUGAAUCGUGUAUAGCAUGGUGGUAUAUCGUGCACAAUACCCCUGAGUGCCAAGAAUAAUUAAGGAUUUUCAGCGGUUGCAGCGCGACGCAUACUCGCGUUUCUGCGCAAACACACCCACACUUGCAUAGGGAAAAAAAAUACAACAACGCGUCUCGUUGUCGUGUGUAUACAUAGUCGUUGUUGCGCUUUGUUAAGAUCAAAACAAAAGAGUCGAAGAGAAAAUUAAUUAGACAGGAGACGGAGAGAGAGAGAGAGAAAAAAGAGUAUAUAAGGAAACGGAAAAUUUGAGAUCGUAUACAUUGUUUACGAUGGUUGCUCUGUAUAGACGUCGAAAACAAAAUUCGUAUGAUGUACAGUACGCGUCGAAUUAUUAAGUACGUAAAGGUUCAAAGGAUACUAAAUAUGAGCACCAAAGUUGAGUGUGUAAAAGUUGAACAAAAUAAUAAUGAUGAUAAUAAACAUCGAUAAAAGAAAAUUUGAAACGAAAUAUCUAAACUUAUCAUCAUUAUUGUUAUAAUUGAUUGCGAUUAUUAUACUAUAAUAUUCAUGAUCCACAAAAAAAAA